AUGCAGUCUGUCAGGGCGGGGCCUUCCCCUGUCGGAAGCUACCUGCCGGCAGUGGCUCUGCAGCCUCCACCGGCUGGGUAUAUGGGGGACCAUGGUCCACCGUACCAACAUAUGAUGCAACUAAUGGCACCUGCCAUGAAUGACGCCUCGCCCGUCAACCAAACGUUGACAACUGUGACAGCUGUUUCCACACAAGCUAAGGAGGAAGAACUUGAGUCUGACGAUGAACAGUCGGUUGCCGAGGACAAGAAAAUGGAAUAUGUCUAUUGCGGCAUCGAUUGGAAGCCGUUUCUUCCAACGGCUCUGGCUUCCUCGACUGUGGCGGGAGCAAUCUGUGUGUUUUUCAUCCAGAUCCCUAUAAUUUGCAGGGCAACGGGAAUGCGCGAGGUGGCACUCUACACGACCUUCGGUGUCUUGUUUUUGAUCACUCUGGGGUGCAUGAUGUACUGUAUCAAUGCCGACCCUGGUCAAUCGAGGAAAACGCGCAAUGUGAGCCACGACAUCGAAGAGGGGUUACCGCAACGUGCCCACAAGUCGUUUCAGUAUCGCCGUCCAAUUCGCCGCUAUGACCAUUACUGCAAAUGGGUGAAGAACGUCAUCGGCCUGCUGAACCACCGGGAGUUCAUCCUGAUGGUUGGUGGUUUGAUUGCCAUAGCGCUGCUCGGCAUUCUCAUGGAUCUAUGGGUUGCCAUUUUGUUGGCUGAGGAGGGAUCAUUGGACGCCGAAGUCGCCGUUGCGUUGCACUUGGGGUACUCAGUGGCCCUGCUGGCGGUUGCUGGGCCAAUAAUGAAGAUUCAUUUUGGCUUGAUCUCCAGGAAUGAGUUGGCGCAAGAGUGGAGGAGCAACCAACACUACAUUGCAAACAACACCAGUAAGGGCGACAAUGUUUAUGUCGAGGAGCUGUCGGAUGACGAGUUCAAUGAGAUUUUCGACCGUGGAGAGUUCAUUUAUGACAAGAACAGGAAUCCCUUUGACCACGGUUUUGCGCGGAAUUGCUUGAACUUCUGGUGCAAGCCCCGCUGGCCCGCUGAUUCAAAGGGAAACUUCUGA